AUGAUCGAUGAAAAUUUACCCACGUUCUUCCUCAAGAACAACUCAAAACAACCUCAGAUCAGCACAAUAUAUCAUAGUCAACAUGGCAAUGACCCCGAACCUGCUUACUCCUUGCACGCGCUUGACCCCACCGCCCCAACAUCACAGAACCGUUAUGGAGUUGCGCUGUACGACCCUUACGUGACAGGCAUUGUCUAUGGAGAGGUAGCUGUAGCUCCAGAUUGGACUCAACCGAGUCUGUCGGCAGACGCAAUACGAGCAAAUGGCGGCGUAGUUCCGCCCCCAGAACCCAUUCUCCCUACCGAUUUUACCAUCCAGCUUUACAACCCCGACCAAGAGAUCAAAGUUCAAUAUCAUACAAAAUCGUGGAACAAACCAGCCCGGUGGGAAUUUGAGAUGCCUCAAACCACAUUCCGAGUUCCUUCCGCCUCAGCGCUAGACCAGACUCAGAUCGAUCCGUCUAUUGCUGACAUUACUCCGAAAUUGAGGUUCAGCUGGCGCAAGGAUGGGAAGCUGUCGAAGGAUUUGACAUGCCUCUUACACGGCAAAACUUCAAGAAUUCCCGACACUCGCUCAAAGAGCCGUGAGCCAGAUAUUACGGUCGCUCUAUUUCAAGGGCUGAAGGAGCUAACUCUCUACGAGCCCAACCUCUACCGCGUCGAGAUGGAAGAUGCCAAGGGUUUGGAGGUCGUGCUCCUCUUAGCUGCCGUUGCAAUUCGAGAUAUUUUCUUUGGGCCUGCCAAGGAGGCUUUCCAUAUCACCCCCGGUGGGCUGAACGAAGGUCACAAGCAAGCAGCAGUGCCAACUUCAAUUACAGCGACGGCCACACCAGCUAGUGAUCCCAGACUCGAUCGGAAGAACCCACAGGCCCGACCCCCUGGGCCAACAAUGAAUGGAAAGCCAUCGCCGCCUCGACUCAGCAUUCCCAACUCCUCAUCUCCGGCCCCACAAGAGAGAAGGCGACAGGACGAACUCGCAAAACAGGAAGAGGAGCGACGAACCCAGGAGGUUCUCGCCGCAGAAAAAAAGGCACGGCGUAAGCGGGAAGCAGAAGUCGAGAAGGAAACCAGACGGCUGCAGCAAUUAUACGGACAAGAAGAAGAACAAGCACGAAAGCAACGACAUACUCCUGCCCCAUCUUCCAGGCCCUACCCCCCACCCCGACAUACCGGACCCCCUCAACCUUACUCGCACCAAUACUCUCAAUCCUCAGUCCAACUUAACUCCCAGCCAGUAGCCCGUCCAUCCCAUCAUGCCAACCAACGAUAUUCCCAUGGCGCACCCACCUUCGCCAACAGCCCAUACCUCCAAGCACCGGGCCGCAUGGAUCCCCGAGCCCAAUCAUCCACCCACCUUAUGCAGCGACCACAACAACCACACCCGCAACCCCGGCCACAGUCGACCGUUGCGUUUCACCAGCUUCCUACCAGUAGCGGCGCUCUCCUAACAGCAUCAAGGCCGACACCUCAAGUCCAGCCGAGGAAGAGUUUCUUUGGGCUCCGACGCAACAAGGAGGAAACUACUAACAAGCUUGAAAAAAAGCGGAGUUCUAUGUUUUAA